AUGCAGCACAUUUUUGCCUUCUUCUGCACCGGUUUCCUAGGCGCGGUAGUAGGUGCCAAUUUCCCCAACAAUAUCCAGAUCGGGGGAUUAUUUCCAAACCAGCAGUCACAGGAACAUGCCGCUUUUAGAUUUGCUUUGUCACAACUCACAGAGCCCCCAAAGCUGCUCCCCCAGAUUGAUAUUGUGAACAUCAGUGACAGCUUUGAGAUGACCUAUAGAUUCUGUUCCCAGUUCUCCAAAGGAGUCUAUGCCAUCUUUGGGCUUUAUGAACGAAGGACUGUCAACAUGCUGACCUCCUUCUGUGGGGCCCUCCACGUGUGCUUCAUUACGCCAAGCUUUCCUGUUGAUACAUCCAAUCAGUUUGUCCUUCAACUGCGCCCUGAACUACAGGAUGCCCUCAUAAGUAUCAUUGACCAUUACAAGUGGCAGAAAUUUGUCUACAUUUAUGAUGCUGACAGGGGCUUGUCCGUCCUGCAGAAAGUCCUGGACACAGCUGCAGAGAAGAACUGGCAGGUGACUGCGGUAAACAUUUUGACGACCACAGAAGAAGGAUACCGAAUGCUAUUUCAAGACCUGGAAAAGAAAAAGGAGAGGCUGGUGGUGGUGGACUGCGAAUCAGAACGCCUCAAUGCCAUCUUGGGUCAGAUUAUAAAGCUGGAGAAGAACGGCAUUGGCUAUCACUACAUCCUCGCAAAUCUG